CUGUGCAACCCCAUCCACAUCCACACCAACCACUCACUUCUCACCAACAUCACCACAACAAAAUCCCAACUCCAAGAACGCACCCUUCACAACAACACGACAAGAACGACCCACCUACGUACCGCCUCUUCCCCCGCCAAAAUCAAACACGCGGAUCCGACAAUGACGGACUUUAUCCCCGCGGACGAGAUGAAGCCCGAGUUCGUGGAGUUUGAGAAGGCGAAUCGCGUCGUCAUUGAGGAUCCCGACGACUUCGAGUCGUGGGAGAAGCUUGUACGGAUCGCCGAGACAUUGGAGGGCGGGUUGAACAGGAAUAGCUCGCCCCAGGCUAUCGCGCUCACUCGUGGCGUCUUCGAUCGGUUUCUAGCCAAGUUCCCGCUGCUGUUUGGAUACUGGAAGAAGUAUGCCGAUAUGGAGUUCAGCAUUGCGGGGACGGAGGCGGCGGAGAUGGUCUACGAACGAGGAGUCGCCAGCAUCGGCAUUUCAGUCGACCUCUGGACCAAUUACUGUGGCUUCAAAGUUGACACUAGCCACGAUCCGGACAUUAUCAGAGAACUCUUUGAGCGUGGAGCCAAUGCCGUCGGUCUUGACUUCUUGUCGCAUCCUUUCUGGGACAAAUACAUCGAGUUCGAGGAACGUCUCGAAUGUGAGGAUAAGAUCUUCGCUAUCCUAGAGAGGGUGGUUCACAUUCCGAUGCACCAAUAUGCCCGCUACUUCGAUCGCUUCAGAACGCUGGCGCAGACCCGGCCUCUGACAGAGCUUCUUCCUGAGGACACUUUGGCUCAGUUCAGACAGGAGGUUCUUGCCGACCCGCCUCCAGCCGUGCAAGCUGGCCAGCAGCAGAUCAAGAUGGAACGUGGUGAGCUCGAGGUUGAGCGUGAGGUCCGGUCUCGGAUCGACAACUUCCACCUUGAGAUCUUCUCGCGCACACAGACCGAAACUACAAAGCGAUGGACGUACGAGUCUGAGAUAAAACGACCCUACUUCCACGUCACCGAAUUGGAUGAGCCACAGCUGGUCAACUGGCGGAAAUACCUGGACUUCGAGGAGGUUGAGAGCGGAUUCGAAAGGGUUUCUUUCCUAUACGAGCGGUGUCUCGUCACUUGCGCCUUCUACGACGAGUUUUGGUACAGGUUCGCAAGGUGGAUGUAUUCGCAAGAAGGUAAGGAGGAGGAGGUACGGAACAUCUACCAGAGAGCUAGCAUGAUCUUCGUGCCCAUCAGCCGCCCGGGAAUACGGAUCCAGUACGCCACAUUUGAGGAGUCGCAGGGUAGACCGGACAUGGCGAGAGCCGUCUAUGAGUCUGUCCUGGAAUGUAUUCCUGGUAGCAUUGAAAUCAUCGUCGCGUGGGCCAAUUUCGAGCGUAGACAAGGUGGGCUCGAAUCAGCGAUUGCCGUCUACAGAUCUCAGCUGGAGAGCGACAAGUGUGAUAUCUACACUAAGGGUGCACUCACAGCUGAGUGGGCACGGUUGCUGUGGAAGGUUAAGGGAAGCGUUGAGGAGGCACGACAGGUGUACCAGAAGAACACCAGCUGGUACCUCGACAGUCGGUACUUCUGGAUCAACUAUCUCAACUUUGAGAUGGAGCAGCCCACCAGCGCCGAGACAGAGCAGGCGAACCACGAGCGGAUACGUCAAGUCGUGGAUGACAUCCGCAAGAAGAGCCACCUGCCGCCGCUUACCAUCAAGGAUCUUUGCCACCACUACAUGGUUUACUUGAUGGAGCGAGGCUCCAAGGACGCCGCAAAGGAGUUCUUGCUGAUGGACAAAGAAAUCAACGGUCCUUUCUCUGUCCAAUCUGUAGCCAAAGCCAAGCUUGCUGAGGACGGAAAAGAGACCACCACAAACCGCCGAAUGAUGCUCGAGAAUGGCCACCCCGGUGUCGAGGUCGAUGAGGCGGCCAUCCGACGAGGAGAGAACCCCUAUACCAAGUACUUUCAACAGCAAGGCGAAAACCCUCUCACAACAAACGGCCAGAUCGCUUCGACACAGACAUGAAGAAAAGAAUUUCCGUCUAUGUAAGCUAGCCCUUCACCUAGUUGGCCUGGCCCGGGUGCCGCCUUCCCUUGUACCUGUAGUUCUUUGUUUCCUAGUAAUGUGUUUCUAUCCCUGUUCCGCAAUCAUCAUUCACCCCGCCUUCUCAUCACCACAGUUUCUUCUCAAAAUACACAUGCUCCCCGCCCCUUUUCUGGUCCCUUUUUCUUCUUUGAUGUUGUGCCUAUCGUUGUGUGCGUAAACAAGGGGAAUUCAUUGUGUUGCUUGUACCCGUAAUCGUGAAGAUGUCCCAAAAAUGCUGUGAUGUGCGGCGCUGUGGG